GCGCGUGGUCCUUGCCCGCCGGAUGUUGACGGCGUCGCAUAGCAACUGGAGAUGGCGGAGCCUGGCAGCAGCGCUGGCGGGUCUCACUUGGGAGGCAAAUCGUCUUCUGAAGGAGAAGAGGACCAGAAUGUUGAAGGCGGCAGGCUACAGGUAUCGCCAGUGGAGAAGAGCAAUGACCAGAGAAAUGAAGAAGCUGAGGGUGCUACAGAGCAUUCCGAAAGGGAAAAUGAAAAUGAUGGGGAAGUCACAGCCCAGGGGGACUAUGGAGGAAGCCAAGGGGAAAUGGAAAUGGAAGAGGAAUUUGAAUUAGAAGAGGAAUUAGAAUCUGAUUUGGAAGCCACGUCCCCUGAAGGGGAAGUCAGUUCUCCAGAUCUGGCUUCCUCAGACAUCAGUCCUGGGGACGGGCCCGAAGAAGAAGUUGACCGCACACACCCGUAUGAAGGAGCAAGGAGGGAGAUGGGUCUUGAGGACAGAGAGGCCCCCUACCCAUCCAAAUCCAGCGGAAUGGGGUUUAUCGCCACAAUGCGCUCCCAGAAAGUAUUAGGCCUAUCUGAGCAAAUGAGCCAGGGAGCGCUCCGGCAGAAGGUCUUUCCUCUGGAGGCUGGACAUCACCUCAGACAGAGCCCCGAGAGCAGCGACACAUCCCUGGGUCUUGACGAGCUGCCUCCGAGCACAGAGGUGCCCUUCACCCCGGAGUCAGAACCCAGCACCCACCCCAGGGAGGGCGCCGCGUCCUCCUUCCUGGACAGGAUCCAGCAGCUAAGCAUGGUGGAGGAAAGGGGCCUGGUGGAGAGAGUGGAAUCUGAGGGCAGCGACGAGGCGGAAGAAGACAAAUCCCAGCUGAUGGUCUUGGACCCAGACCACCCCCUGAUGAUAAGAUUCCAGGCUGCCCUGAAGAGCUAUCUUAACCGGCAGAUAGAGAAACUAAGGCUGGAACUUCAAGAACUGGUCGUGGCCACCAAGCAAAGCCGAGUCCAACGGCAGGAGUUGGGGGUGAACCUUUACGGGGUCCAGCAGCACCUGGCCCGCCUGCAGAUGCAGCUUGAGAAAAGUCACGACCGCCACUCCAUCGCUGCGGGCACAAGGCAGCAGAAGGAGGAGGAGCUGCAGAGGGUGCGCUUUCUCUACACCAAGACCUAUGAGACCGCCAAUGAGGAGCGCAAAAAGCUGGCAGCUCUGCAAACGGAGAUGGAGACUCUGGCUCUGCAUCUCUUCUACAUGCAGAACAUAGACCAGGACGUGCGUGAUGACAUCCAAGUGAUGAAGCAAGUCGUGAAGAAGUCAGAAGCCCAGCGCAUGCGGGCUGAGCUGGAGAAGAAGCAGCAGGACCUGCACGUGGACCAGCUGACCACCCGAGCCAACCAGCUGGAAGAACAAACCUCCCUGUUUGAGGCCCAGUACCACGCACAGGCUAAAGACACUCAGAUGCUCAGGAAAGCAGUGAGUGAGGCCUGCACGGAAAUAGAGGCCAUCAACAUGGAGAAGAAGCACAUCUUGCAGCAGUGGGCCACCAGCCUGGUGGGCAUGAAACAUCGCGACGAGGCUCACAGAACCAUCCAGGAGGCACUCAGUGAAUGCCAGCAUCAAGUCAAGUCCAUGGAUGUUGAGCUUGAAGCCUAUAAGAAAUCCAUCGUGAAGGAGGAAGAAAAGAAUGAGAAGCUGGCCAGCAUCCUGAACCGGGCAGAGACAGAAGCCAACCUAAUGCAGAAACUGACCUCACAGUGCCUGACUAAGGAGGAGGCCCUGCAGAAUGAGUUUAACACCUAUAGGCUCACCCUGCUGGAUACAGAGGAUGCACUGGGCAAGGCCCAUGUGGAAUACACAGCAACCGUGGGAGAAUUGCAGACUCUCCACCAGGCCAUCCAGCAUGAGUUGGAGCUGAGGAGGAAGAUGGAUGCCUCCAUCAUGGAGAAGCUGAAGGAGCACAUGACCUCCAACAAGAUGACCAAAUACUUCCACCAGCUCAUCCUGAAGCUCCAGAAGGAAAAGACCAACCUGGUGACACAUCUUUCCAAAAUUGACGGUGACAUUGCUCAGACCACCCUGGACAUCACGAACACCAACUGCAGGCUGGACAUGCAUCAGAAGGUGCUGGCCGAGCUGGAUAAGGAAGUGAAAAAAGUCAACGACCUCAUCACCAACAGUGAAAGUGAAAUUUCCAGGCGCACGAUCCUCAUUGAAAGAAAGCAAGGCCUCAUCAACUUUUUCAACAAGCAGCUGGAGCAGAUGGUUUCUGAACUUGGGGGCGAAGAGUUGGGGCCCCUGGAGCUGGAGAUCAAGAGGCUGACCAAGCUGAUCAAUGAAAACAACACCAACGUGACGCAGGCCCAGGUGACCUGGCUGCGGCUGCAGCAGGAGAUGGUGAAGGUCACGCAGGAGCGCGAGGAGCACCUGGUCUCCCUGGACAUGUCCAAGAAGGAGAUCCACAUCCUGGAGCAGAAGAAAAUACGGAUAGAAAACAAGAUCAACCAGGAGAAGAAGGAGCAGAAGCAGAUCGAGCGCCACAUGAAGGACCUGGACAACGAUCUGAAGAAGCUCAACUUGCUGAUGAACCAGAACCGGUGCAGCUCCGAGGAGCUACAGCAGGACAACCGGGCCACGGAGGGCGAGUUCGUGCUCUCGCUCAAGGCCUCCGAGCGGGAGACCAUCCAGAUGCAGGAGAAGCUGAACCAGCUGAGCGAGGAGAAGGCAGCCGUGCUCAACAGCCUGGUGGAGGCGGAACACCAGAUCAUGCUUUGGGAGAAAAAAAUCCAACUGGCAAAAGAGAUGCGGGCCUCCGUGGAUUCUGAGACAGGCCAGAUGGAGAUCCGGGCCAUGAAGGCAGAGAUACACAGGAUGAAGGUCAAGCACGGGCAGCUCCUGAAGCAGCAGGAGAAGAUGAUCCGGGACAUGGAGCUGGCCGUCACCCGCAGAGAUACCAUCUCCACCCGGGCUGAGGGGCAGAGCAAGAUGGACAAGAAGCUGUUCACGCGGACAGACUUCCACCACAAGCAGGCCGAGCUCCGCCGGAAGAUCAGGGAUGUUAACAAGGCCACCGAGGAGUGCACCCAAACCAUCCUGGAACUGGAAGAAUCUCAAAAAUCCAUGAGUGACUCCCUCCUGGAGAAACAGGAGCAGUUGUCGAGGACGCAGGUUGAGGUCGAUGAGCUCGAAGUUGAGCUGGACCGGCUGGCGACCCUCAAGCGACAGAAUCUUUCUGAGCUCGUGGCCCUGCAGACUCGCCUCAAGUACCUGCAGGCCGUGAAAGACGGGCGGUACGUCUUCACUCUCCGCAAUAAGCAGUCAUUGAUGAUGGAGUUCAAGCGUCUGCACGACAGGCUGGUCAGCAUCGGCACCAUCCUCCACCACGUGAAGGAAGAGUACCCCCAGUUCCAAGAGGCCCUGCUCAAGGUCAGCCAGUCCAUCGCCAAAAGGCUGGAGUCAUCCGGGUCCUAGAAAGCCCCAAUCCACACCCCUCCCCCCCACAAGGAGGAGGCUGGUCUUGAGUGUCAUCAGAACUGGAAUCUUCCUACCCUCAGAGAGUGACACCACUUAAGAGAGACAGGGCAUUGUAGGAAUUUUUUUGUAGGAAAUCCCUGCGUUUGCAGUUCCAUUUUGGUGAGUCUUCCACUUGCAAAGGCAGUGUCAGUGAACACAAACCUGCAUUCCCACGUUGGGCUAACUUCUAGUAAAACUGGAAAUACAGGCCUCUGCUUCUGCCCCCACCUUCAGCAUGGGUUAAAUCCAGAUUCCCAAUUUAUGGGAGCAAGUCCAGGGGGAUGUGAAUCCCUGGCUGUGUUUGGAGGCCUAAAGCCUGAGGUGAGUUCACACAGGUGUGUGAACACAGACCUCCCUUUGCCCACUUGUCCACAGCCCUCGUCCACCCAGGACAUCUCCCCCAACACUAUGAUUCCCAAGCACCUGCUACCUAUGCCUUCCCUGCAGU